AUGUCAUUAAUUGAUGAAUCGUAUGCAAAAUUCCAUUCAAUUGGUUCAAAAUUACCUAUUGAUUAUCAUCGGGAAAAAAAUCAUCAUUUACCAUCAUGGAUCGAUAUGGAUCGAAUCAAAAAAAUUCGAUCAUUAUAUGAUCGAUAUUCAUAUAGUAUUGUUUUUAGCCAUUUAAGUGGUUUAUUAGUGUUGAUUUUUAAUCCAUCCAUUUAUAAAACAUUAAAUAAAACGGGAAAAUCAAAAAAUUUGGUCACAACAUUUUAUCGUUAUUAUUAUACAGCAUUUUUUGUUCGUGAAUGGUAUGUGAAUAAAAUUUGGUUAAAAAAUGAUAUCGCAUAUGAAACAUUGAACAUUGUAAAAAACAUGCACGCCAAUGUAUCGGAUAAACAAAAUGAAGGAAAAAUGCCGAAUAAAGAUACAAUGUCCAUUUCGUGUGUCGAUAUGACCUUAACACAGUGGGCUUUUGUUGGAUUUUUGGUUCUUUAUCCAAAAGAAAUUGGUUUUUCAUUGCGAAAAGAAGAUAUCGAAACAAUUGUCCAUUUUUGGGCCGUUAUUGGUCAUCUGUUAGGCAUUGAAGAUGAAUAUAAUCUUUGUCUUGGUGAUCUACAUACUGUUCGCAAACGUUGUCAAUUGAUUCUGGAUAAUGAUGUACGUCCACAUUUUUUGAAUUAUGAUCAUGAUUCAGCUACAAUGGUUGAAAGAAUACUGGAUUCAUAUAAUCAAUACAUAAUUGGAUCAAGAUUUACAUUGUUCAUUAAAUUUGUAUUUGACACUAUACAAAUUGAAAAACCAAUGCCCAUCACAAUGAAUCGUAUGGAUGCGUUCUUCUAUCGCAUGUUUAUGUAUCUGUUACAAAAUCUUUAUUUCAAUUAUGCAAUCAUCAGAUUUCUGAUUAAUCAAUAUAAUGAAUUGGUUAUUUUUAUCAUGAAAUCAAAAAUGGUACGCAGAUUUAUUGCAAAUCGGUUACAAAAAAUGGAUCUGCAAAGCAACGGUAACAUUCGGGUGGUGAUGGAUUGAAAAUUUUUUUUGUUUUGAAAUUUUUUUUUUAAACAAAUAAUCAAACACACACGCCAUCUAGUAUCCAAUUUUCACAUUAUUAGUUAGUCAAAAAUUUUUA